CAAAGCGAGUGCAAAAAGCAAUAUAUAAUAUCUGGUAGAAUUAUUUCAAAGUAUUUUUGUUUCGUAUAACAUAUAAAUUGAAGCGUUUGCUAAAAUGUCGCUGAAAGUUGCGAGAGUAAUAUUCACCGGAGCAGAUCACGAUCCAAAAUUUAUUUUUGAACGACGAGAAGAACUGCCCAAUGUCAGGAAAGGCGAAGUCUUGGUUCGAAUUAGAUUGGCAACUAUUUGUGGAUCGGAUUUACAUACAAUAAGCGGCAACCGUCCUGAACAGACACCACUUGUUCUUGGACAUGAGGCAGUGGGAGAAAUAGUUACUGAUAAGAGACCUCAACCUUUGACACCAGGUUCAAGGGUCACAUUUUCUAUCAUAUCAUCUUGUAGGAAAUGCCAGCGAUGCAGAUUAGAAUUGCCACAAAAAUGCAAACAGUUGGAAAAGCUCGGACAUUUGACUCUGAACAGGAGGUCGGGAUUUCACGGUUGUUACGCAACACAUGUUGUUCUCGGUUGCGGAACACACGUUUCUCUUGUCCCGUCAAAAUUAUCUGACCGGAUGGUGGCGCCGAUAAACUGUGCUCUGGCCACGAUGGUGAAUGCUGUGGAAUGUGGCAAAACAAAUGUACAAGACAAAACAGCUUUGGUAUUGGGAGCAGGUCUACUCGGAAUAUACGGGUGCGCUCUAUUGCGAGACAACGGAUAUGAUGAAGUAUUCUGCUGUGACAUAGACCGAAAUCGUUUGAAAUUUGUUUCCAAAUUCGGAGGAAAGGCGAUCUGCCCAGAAGAUUUCUUAGAUGAUGAAUUUUUAGUGGACUCGGUAGACACUGUGAUCGAAGUUUGUGGCAAUCCUGACGUCAUCCAAGAUGGUUAUCGGCGAUUGCGUCAUGGUGGAGUGUUAGUUCUUGUUGGAUUGGUUCAUCCAAAUUCAAAUCUAUCAAUAACCGGCGAACAGAUUAUUCGUAAAUGUAUUACGAUAAGAGGCGUUCACAAUUACACUCCUCGACAUCUAGACAGAGCACUGGAAUUUUUAUCCCGUACAGCUGAAUCAUAUCCUUACGAAGAACUAGUGAGUCCAAAUCCAUUUUCACUGGAAGAAAUUGAAAAGGCAAUUACUGAAACAAACAAAAAAUUGUACCACCGAAGCUGUGUGAAGCCAUAAAAUAGUAAAGCUAUGACAACUGGAAUAAAAGACAUAACUGACUGUAAGCCAUAUACAUAUAAUCCAAAAUAAAGAUUGCGAAAGCGAUUAUACUUUCAUAAUUCCAGUACGAGUCGAAAACUGUAAUGUAUUUGGCAAAUAUCAACACGAUUGAAGAUUUUGCCGAUUAAAAUCUCAAAACAGGGAAAGAAUUAAUUCCCGCCGCAAAUGAAAAUUUCUGUGAACCAAAGGUGCGGGCCGUUGUUUUGGCAAAAUGGUAUAUUUUAGCUGUAUCAUAUACAUUUCACAUAAGGCUGAAUCUUGAAAUAGCGUACUCCUAUGCUUCACAAGCAGGCCGCAAUAUUCAAAUUGCAAAAUUUUGUCAAUUAAAAUAGAAUUCGAUAGGCUGAAAUUAGCGGCCUUUUUUAUUUUUUUGCAGUUAACUUUAUCCUCAUCAAACAUCUUGUUUUGUAUGUACACCUUAGUUUAUAUUAAAAAGCCUUUAAUUACUGUUAUCACUCCCAAUUUCAACCAUAUUUAUAUUAGUCAUUGUCGCAAUUUUUAUUAAUUCAUUUCAACCUUGUGCAAUCAU